CCGGGAGCUGCGGAGAGAACCUGCGCUGCGAACGCCAGGCGUGUGCACAGGCUCAGUGGGCCGCCAGGAGGGAGCGACCUAGCGGGCAGUCGAGAAGAGCGCUGACCGGUCACCAGCUGUGGGCACGAUGAGACCCGGAGAAGAGAAGCCGGUGGAGGGGGGCCCCUCCGCCGCCGUCUUCGAGGUGGAGCUGUUGAAGCUGCGCGCUGCGGAGUGCAUCGACGAGGCGGCCGAGCGCCUGGGGGCCCUGAGCCGCGCGAUCUGGAGCAAGCCCGAGCUGGCCUACGAGGAGCACCAUGCCCACGGCGUGCUGACGCGCUUCUUCGAGAGCGAGCGCCCGGCCGCGUCGUGGGCGGUGCAGCCGCACUACCAGCUGGUCACGGCCUUCCGUGCCGAGUGGGGGCCGCCUGGGGGCUGGGCGGCGCCGCGCCCGCUGCACCUGGGCUUCCUCUGCGAGUACGACGCGCUGCCAGGCAUCGGGCACGCCUGCGGCCACAACCUGAUCGCCGAGGUCGGGGCGGCGGCCGCGCUGGGCGUCAAGGGGGCCCUGGAGAGCCUCCCCGGGCCGCCUCUGCCGGUGAAGGUAAUUGUUCUGGGAACCCCUGCAGAAGAAGAUGGUGGUGGCAAAAUUGAUUUAAUCGAAGCAGGGGCUUUUAAAAAUCUUGAUGUUGUUUUUAUGGCCCAUCCAUCUCAAGAGAAUGCUGCUUAUCUACCUGAUGUGGCUGAACACGAUGUGACUGUGAAGUACUAUGGGAAAGCAUCUCAUGCUGCUGCUUAUCCCUGGGAAGGACUAAAUGCAUUAGAUGCUGCUGUCCUCGCCUACAGCAAUCUGUCUGUGUUAAGACAACAAAUGAAACCUACGUGGAGAGUUCAUGGUAUAAUAAAAAAUGGUGGUGUAAAACCCAAUAUCAUUCCCUCUUAUUCUGAACUAAUCUAUUACUUCCGUGCACCCUCAAUGAAAGAGCUUCCAGUUUUGACCAAAAAGGCAGAAGAUUGCUUCAGAGCUGCAGCUUUGGCUACUGGGUGCACAGGAAGACUGCAGUCGUCUUAUUACACAGGACUUAGAAUAACUGAUAUUGCUGAGCUAGACUCACUGCCUUUUUGCAAGUUAUAUUUUUCCUUAUUGGCAGUUGUGCUUUUGGAAUUGCUGUAUAUAGUUCCUGUAAAGGGACCUUUAUGGCAAAAUCAGCCAAACCUAUUUUUGGUGAAGUUACAGGUAGAAAUUAAAGGUGGAGCACAUGAUUAUUACAAUGUUCUUCCCAAUAAGAGCCUAUGGAAAGCUUAUAUUGAAAAUGGAAAAAAGCUGGGAAUAGACUUCAUUUCAGAAGAUGCAAUGUUGAAUGGCUCUUCAGGAUCUACUGAUUUUGGAAAUGUUACUUUUGUGGUUCCUGGGAUUCAUCCAUAUUUUUACAUUGGAUCUAAUGCCUUGAAUCAUACAGAACAAUAUACUGAAGCUGCAGGAUCACAAGAAGCUCAGUUCUACGCUUUGCGAACGGCCAAAGCUCUGGCAAUGACUGCAUUGGAUGUUAUUUUUAAACCAGAGCUGCUAGAAAGCAUCAGAGAGGACUUUAAAUUGAAACUUCAAGAAGAAGAGUUUUUAAAUACGGUAGAAUAACAGGAAGAUUUAGGAGCCACUCACAGAUCAUGAAGAAGAAGUGAUGAUUUUCUUCUUUAAUCUUUUUUAAUGAAGGAGGAGGGCAUGGCUUGUUUUUCAGUCUUAAGGGAGUCAUGUUCCUCUUACCUGAAAAGUGAGGACAUGAUGUGGAGAAAACACAUUACCUCAUAUCUAGAGUGAAAAUUUCACAAAUCUGUAUAUGAUGGAAUUGUUACAUUUCAUGGCUGGUAUGUGAUGGCAUUUCAUAAACAACCUGGAUGACACAUGGUUUAUCAGUGAUAACAUUUUAUAAAUCCAUAGGUUGUGUGAGUGUAUUUUGAAAGAGCCAAGAGAUUUCAAGCCUUAUAUCCAGAAUUGCCACAUAAAAGAUUUUUUUUGAUAUAGGGUGGUAACAUUGUUCUCUGAAGUUGUUUUAAAAUUCAAGUUCUAAAUUUAGGGAAGGUUCAUUUGGAAUAUCUGACUAUAUCUGUUUUGGUUUAGAGAAUUUCUUCAUUGACAAUAAAAGUACGCUUUUUAUCAGAAAUGCUAUGGGGAAACAACUAGAAACUCAGGUACAAAGAAUAAGCUUUAGUUUUACCAUUUGAAGGAAAAUGAAAAUGUUCUUUUUUAUAUAUAAUUUACUCUGAGAGGUGGCAUUAAAAUGCUAUUCCUCAUUCCAUAUUUCAGUAAUAGAAAAAAUGGUAAAUGGAUAGGAUCAGACUCUUCCUGUAAGGUGUGUGCUUGGUAGCCCCACGUGUUCCAGAGGAAUUUAAUUAGAGGAGUGGUGUCUGCUUAUCUUGACUAUUAAUGCCACAUAACUGAUCCCCUCUACCUAGCAGCCCUAUUCAGGUUUCUUCUCAGAAGCUAGCCUGUCCAGCUUGAGUAAACUCAGUAGUUUAUUAAAUUUAGGGGACAGAAUUCUAAGCCUCCUUAAGCCCCAUGCUAGCUCAAUAUAAACUAAAAAGCAUUGUCAGUUUUUUCCUGGUGUGACUUUCUUGAACAUGAUAAAAGAAUGUGAAACAAGUGUCCGGUAAAACAAAUAUUUUAAGCUGUGAAUAUAGUAAAGGUCCAGUAGACUUUAUUUUAAAGGGAGUCCUCAAAUUUGAUGUAAGCAUUCCAGAAUUGGAAGGGGAAGGAGGGAAAAGUGAGCAUUUGGCCUCUGCUGCAAGCACGUCACUUGGGUGCUCUGUGCCUUCCACUCCUCAUUUGGAAAGUUAGGUUAGAUCCCUCAUCCUUACAGUCCUUUAAACCUCUAAUUCCUAUUCUAUCUGAAAGUAUUUAAAGUUGAAACAAGGAGAAGGGAAUUUGGGUGGAGAGCUAGUAGUUGAGAAUUGCUUUUCUUCUAUAUCAGAGGUCUGCAGACUGUGGCCUGAUUUGGCAAGCAGCCUCAUUCUGUAUGGCUAGCAUGCUGGAAAUGGUCUGUACAUUUUUAAAGGGUUGUAGAAAAAAGUAAAGCAUCAGAGACUAGAUCGUGUGACCUGUGAAACCUAAAAUAUUUACAGUCUGGCCCUUUGUAAGAUGAAGUUUGCCAUCCCAUCCUAUGUAACAGUAAAAUAAAAACUGUUUCUCUUUGACUACAUCAUAUAAUCAGAUCUUCUCCUAGAAGAAAACUUGAAGCCUCUGAAUUGAAAAGAUUAAGAAAGGGAUUUAGACAGCAGUGCUCUGUGUUGACCAUUAUAAUGCAUCAGUGGUUUCUCCUCAUUGAGGGUUCUGGCUCCUUGGAAGUUUGCUUUCUUUUAGCAUUUACUUUGUUCUGGGGUACAGCUACCCUGCUGCCUUAAGGCUGUCCUCUAUGCAAGCUGCUCUUCUAACCCUUCACAUCAGCUUUUAGAACAUGAUCCUCCAUGACACUCUUUGAUUAUUUAUAAUCUCAAGCAGGCAUGGUUCGUAUGUAUUUUACAAACAGAAUAGGGAUCAACAAAGGCUUCACACCGAGAACUGGAUAUGUCCAAGACCUCUGGUUUAUAGAAACAGAGUUUCCUAAUUAUCAAUUUAAUACAUUUCUCAACUACAAGCUUCAAAUUCCUAAUAUAAAUCCUGCACUUUAAGGAAUGUGGUUUUAUUUUCUAAAGCCUCGCUAAAAUUCUAGAACAGUGAUUGUUAACUGGUGUCCCGACACACUGAUAUUCUGUCUUUUGUGAGCUGUCACAAGUUAAUUGUUACUCGUACAAAGUAUUUGUGAUGAAUUUACUUUUUAAAAACGAAUCAGAGAAAAUGUCAGUUAGCAUUCUGUUGUUGCCGAUUCACUUGUGUUCUGAUAAGCAUCCUGCGUGAGAGAGCAAAGUGUCGAGUUACUGCUGUGCAGGGGAGAGGUACAGUCUGUACCAGUGCUAUCCGCCACAACCCUGUCAGAGGAGGUAGUGUUGACAUGCCGCUAAGAUUUGUGUCCCUUCUGAGUUUCCGUAAGAUUUUGUUUUCCUUUCAACAUUUAAAAAACAUGGUCCAAAUAUGGGAUUACCCAUUGAAAUAUGUCCUGGAUUUAUCAUGUCAGAAAAGAGGUUGAGAUGCUUCAGAGUUUAUCUAGAAGUAUAUAUAUAUUUUUCCCCAGAUCUCACCUUGACAUUUUACAUUAUUUUACUUUAAGUUAUUUAAUAUAAUUCAGAAUUUUUAAAUCCCUUUUUACUUUUUAUAUAUCAAUGAAUUAACUGAGCCAUAUUACACUAAAAAGUGUAAAUAGAUAACAUAAAUAAACGCUGAGUCAAAAAAUCUGUCCAGAGGAACAACUGUAGCUAAUCUUCACUAUGCCAUUUGAAUUUGGGAGACUACUUCAUUUGUAAUGGUAGUUUUUCCUUUUGGAACUAAGUUCUUUCUUUAUCCUCAGACGUCAGUGGCAUGUUUGGAAUGUGCUAAAUUUUCAUAAACAUUUAUACUUAGCUUAAAUUAUCAUUAUUGAUUAGUCCUCAUAUUUUGGAUUAAGUCUCCAAAGAUUUUUGAAGAUAAAUGGGGAAGCACUCGAUUACAGGAGAACAGUGUCACUUCUAGAUAAAAAGGGUUAUAUAUAGCUCUUUAUAUUUAAAAGAUGAAUAUUUAUUUUUAGGAGGUUGACACAUGAAUAGGACUUUUUCAAAAUUUUGUGUCUUGAUUUUGAGGAAGGGGGCAACUAAGUUUUUCUCCCAGAAUUAAUUUGAAUGAUGACACUUUACUGUCACUUGGAUUCAGUGAUUGUGUGUUAUUCCUCCACUAGAUUGUAUGUUCUUUGAAGCCCUUGUCUUCUCAAUAUGCUUAAUUUCCUUCAAGUACACUAAAACCUGACUCAUCUGGAAAAAAACAAACAGGCCAAGCUGAGUUCAUGUAAAGUUUAAAAUAAUAUAAUUUUUAAAAUAUUGAAUUAGUUUCUGAGAGAUAUAGGUGGACCUGCUUGAGGUAUCUUUGUUUUUAUGGAAAAUGCUUUUAUUACAUGCCUUUUUUUUUUUUUUUUUUUUUUUUUUUUU